GAUUUCUCGUGGGUAUCACAGUCGCAUGCUUCGGAUCUCGAAUUCGACGUUGCGGCUCAAAGAUGGAUGAAGUGCAAAAGAUGGGCUGUCCCGGGAAAACCGGGGGUAAACUGUGCCGUCUCAGCGACCAGGGUGGUAUGGAGAUGGCGGUUAGGGGAGUGGCAGCAUAGCUUCAGCGGAUGUAGCGGGGUCAGCUCUCUGAAACUAGCCUGAAGCUCUUCCCCCUCCAGGCGCAUACCUACCUUGGUGCCCCUUGCUUCCAUCCUAGGCCUGUGCAGCGCCAAUUGCGCAAGUGUCUCCCGCCCGCCAUUUCGUAUAAGUGUCCCCAACCCACCACGGCCGCCGCCUCACCCUCCUUUGCUCUCUUCUCCUCCACAUCAUCACUGUUGCCGCAUCUCCCCCGAUCCGCAGCAGGAGAAACCGCAAUCAUGUUCAACCUUCGCCGACUCUUCGUUUCGGUCGCCCUCCUCUUCGGAGUCGGCCUGGUCUUCUUCACCCAGACCGCCGAGGCCACCAAGGGCCCCAAGAUCACCCACAAGGUCUUCUUCGAUAUCGAGCAGGAUGGCCAGUCCCUUGGCCGCAUCGUCUUCGGCCUCUACGGCAAGACCGUCCCCAAGACUGCUGAGAACUUCCGUGCCCUUGCUACUGGCGAGAAGGGCUUCGGCUACGAGGGGUCUACCUUCCACCGUGUCAUCAAGGAGUUCAUGAUCCAGGGUGGUGACUUCACCAAGGGCGAUGGCACUGGCGGCAAGUCGAUCUACGGCGAGAAGUUCGCCGACGAGAACUUCAAGCUCCGCCACUCCAAGAAGGGCCUCCUCUCCAUGGCCAACGCUGGCAAGGACACCAACGGCUCUCAGUUCUUCAUCACCACCAUCAUCACCUCGUGGCUCGACGGCAAGCACGUCGUCUUCGGCGAGGUCAUUGAGGGCUACGAGGUCGUCGAGAAGGUCGAGCUGACCAAGACCCUCCCCGGCGACAAGCCCGAGAAGCCCAUCAAGAUUGCCAAGAGCGGCGAGCUCGAGGUCCCCCCUGAAGGUAUUCACGUCGAGCUCUAAACAGCCCAGCAUCGCGCCUCAAUGCUUCCUCGUCUUGCCUGGCCCAAGCUGAUUCGUGUGUCGCCACCCUCCAGGCCUUUACGGCGGAGCUGUAUGGGCCGUUGAUGAGGAAGGCUGGUCCUGGUUCCAGAAGGGAUCGCUCUUCGUCAUUUUCGCCGGCAUUAUCUUCCUUGGUUUCCGCACCAGCAAGAACUUCCAUGCUGGCCGAUUUUAAGAGACUCGAGGAUAGAAGGAUCAUUUGGAGGAGACAAUAUAAGAACCCACGUACUCGUGGGCUGCGACACCGCGUUUGCCUUUCGUACCCAGUCCCGCCCAAUCCCACCUGUGCAUGGUGCCACAUGUUUGUGACGUAUGCCGGGCUCUCGUGUUCAUGCCAUGUCUGGUUUUCCC